ACAAGAGACAAGAAGACGAGAGAAUCUUUUUGCCUGGGAAGAAGCCCCAAUACACAUUUAAAAUUGCCCUGCCACGAAGAAAACGAGGAGGUGCGACAUUUUUAGUCUACGCGGAGGUUCCUUUUUCUCCCCCACAAAGGUGUUUGCCUCCCGACCCACCGCCCACCACGGCCCUCACCUGUGUGUUGCGGUGCUUCCCUUGUGAGCCGACCUGGGCUGGCAGUCCCUUCUUGCACCGCCCGCCAACACCGCCCAUGGUCAGAAUGACGCGCUCCAAGACCUUCCAGGCCUACCUGCCUAGCUGCCACCGGACAUACAGCUGCAUCCAUUGCCGGGCCCAUUUAGCCAACCAUGAUGAGCUCAUCUCCAAGUCGUUCCAGGGCAGCCAGGGCCGAGCCUACCUGUUCAACUCAGUGGUGAACGUGGGGUGUGGUCCUGCAGAGGAGAGAGUUCUGCUCACAGGCCUGCACGCCGUGGCAGAUAUCUACUGUGAGAACUGUAAGACCACCCUGGGCUGGAAAUACGAACAUGCCUUUGAGAGCAGUCAGAAGUAUAAAGAGGGCAAGUUCAUCAUCGAGCUGGCCCACAUGAUCAAGGACAACGGCUGGGACUGAGCAACAAGCCGGCCGGGA